AUGACGUUAGUCGAGGUCCUUGACUUCCAUGUCAAGCACAAUACAUAUCGACCGGCUUACACUUUCUCUGAAGAUGGGAAGUCAGAAGUGACGAACAUAUCUUAUCUUGAGUUUGGUCGUGCUGUAGACCGGGCUGCUCAUCACAUUAGGUCAGGAAGAAGAGGCCCAGAUCGACAAGUCGUCGCGUUUGUUGCCCUCUCUGAUUCUUUGCUCUACCUGGCCAUUUUAAUGGGGAUCCUUCGUGCAGGGAUGGUGCCUUACCCUAUGUCUCCUCGUAACACAGCUGCCGCCAUAGUCAAAUUGUUGAAGGAGUCCUCGUGUCACAGACUCAUUGCAACCCAGGAAACUCUUCGACCUUUGCUCAAUGAAAUCAAAGCUGAACUGAAAUCUGGAGAGAAUGCCUAUUAUCUAGAAAUUAACGAGGUCCCACCGCUCUUCGACAUUUUCCCCAAACUAGGGUACGAAACACUGGAAGAUCCGUUCGUGCCAUACCCAAAGGUUCCACGGCCACCUAUGGACGAAGUUUCGAUGUAUAUGCAUUCGUCUGGAAGCACGGGCAUGCCAAAAACCAUCAUUCAGACCACCAGAAUACUGAUAGAGUGGUCGAAACUACCAUAUAUCACUGAUUGCAAGAGCAAGGUGGCUGCCAUGGCGCUGCCCUCUUUUCAUGGAAUGGGUUUUAUGGUCCAACUUAUGAUAGGAUAUUACUCGGUUCAGCCUAUCUGCUUGUAUCCACCGGUCGUCACUACACCCACUGAUCAGCCAAUAACACCCAGUCCCGAUAACAUUAUAGACCACAUUAAACGCACGGAAGCCAAAGCUCUCGUAAUAGUACCUGCACUCCUCCAGAUUUGGGCUAAUGACAAGGAAGCUGUUCGUGUUUUAUCUAGUCUGGACAUUAUUAUCUACGCUGGAGGCGGUAUUCCGUCCAAACUAGGCAACUACUUGACAGAAUCUGGGGUACAUCUUUGUUGUGUGUAUGGAGCAACCGAGAUCGGGGCUCCAACCUACUUUGGUCGCCGUAAAGAGGAUGUCAAGGAAUGGGACUACCUCGAAUUCGCCGAAUCUGUCAAAGUUCGUUGGGAACCUCAAGGAGAUGGGACUUAUGAUCUCCAGUUUUUGGACUGUGAUACGCAUCACGUCGCUGUGAAAAAUCUUCCUGAUGCGAGCGGGUACGCCACCUCUGAUUUAUGGGUUCCUCACCCAACCAAAUUCCACCUAUGGAAAAUAGUUGGCCGCAAAGACGAUGUCAUUGUGCAUACAUCUGGAGAAAAGACUGUUCCAGCUCCCAUGGAAAAUAUUCUUAUGAGUAGUCCUUAUAUAAUGGGCACCGUGAUGUUUGGACGAGAUCGGGAGCAAGCUGGUGUACUUGUUGAGUUGAAACCUGCCUUUGCGAUAGACCCCAGCAACGAGAAAGAACUCAUCAAAAUGCGCAAUACCCUUUGGCCAAUUGUGGAAGAAGCAAACAAAAUUGCCCCGGCGUUCAGUAGGAUAUUCAAAGAGAUGAUCCUGAUCGCGUCACCUCAGAAGCCUCUACCACGGGCAGGAAAGGGCACUGUAAUGCGGAAAGCUGCUAUCAAUGCUUAUGCCUCUGAAAUUGAUGCUAUCUAUGCACAAGUAAAUGCUAUUGUCGAUUGCGAACGUGUUGCGUAUCCUUCGUCGUGGAAUAUUGAAAAUACAAUGGCAUGGCUGAAGAAUGAAGUAGAAGAAAUUCGAUCUGGGCGGUCGAUUUCUGUGGUAGACGACUUCUUCCAUCAGGGUGUGGACAGCCUAGGCGCCACGAUCCUUCGUCGGCGCAUUGUUAACGCAAUGAAGAUGAACGAUAUGCUGAAAGCAUCCCAACUUGUCUCGUAUUCAACAAUUUACAAAAACUCUUCAGUGGAAAAGCUUGCACAUUUCCUAGUUGGAGCCAUCGCAAAUCCGGAGGGCAAUAAUGCCAUCAACCUGAAAAAGGACGACACCAUUGAACUCAUGAUUAACAAAUUUGCGAAUGGGCUGUCUGUACAGGAUCAGCCGGUCGAUGGAGCCGUCGUUUUGCUCACUGGAUCUACAGGCAACCUCGGAGCGCAGAUUUUGGAAGCGCUGUUGCGAGACUCGAGGGUCAGUCGGGUAUAUGCCCUCAACCGUACAUCUUCAGGGACACAAUCUCUAAAGGAGAGGCAAUUCGAGAGGUUUGUUGACAAGGGGUUUGAUGUAGGACUCCUUGAGUCACCCCGACUGGUUCUGCUGGAAGGGGAUGCGUCACAGAAGGGACUCGGUUUAUCCACCCAUGUGUACAGUCAGAUACUCAGCUUUGUCACUAUCAUCAUUCACAAUGCCUGGAAGGUGGAUUUCAACCAGUCGCUUUCGUCUUUCGAACCAAAUGUGCAAGGAACUCGUAACCUCAUUGACCUGGCUCGCGCGAGUCGGCUUGGGUCCUCUGUCAAGUUCCUUUUUACGUCGUCAGUUUCAACCGCCUACUUAUGGCACAAAUCCUAUGGAGCGUAUCCUGAAGAGGUCGUCACUGAUUCUCGUUACGCUUUUGGUAUUGGCUAUGGCGAGAGUAAAUAUGUGGCCGAAAGGAUUUUGGCUCGUAGUGGCUUGCAAGCCACGUCGUUCAGAAUUGGCCAGAUCACAGGAGGAACACCGAAUGGUGCAUGGGCUGUUACAGACUGGGUCCCGAUUCUUGUAAAGUCAAGUAUCGCGUUGGGGGCGCUUCCUUCUGCGAUUGGUGUCGCUUCCUGGCUUCCUGCGCACGCCGUCUCACAGGCUAUCCUCGAUGUAGCCUGGUCAUCAACAUCGGAGCCUGCGCUAAACCUCGUGCAUCCACGCCCCACCUCAUGGAAUGCCAUAUUUUGUCUCAUAAACGAGGCGCUUGUUCGUGAGGGGGUUAUUAAAGAGGAACUUCCGACUGUAACGUACCAGGAAUGGCUUUCUCUUUUAGAGAAGAAAGCAGCGGCGUCGAAUACUGAGUCUGCACAGAUUUUGAAGGAUGUCCCUGCUAUCAAAAUCAUUGAUUUCUUCCGGCGGAGUGCAGCGAUGGACGAGACUCUACGCCUGGAAGGCGACGAAACUGUUGAAAGUGGUGGUUUGCCCACGUUUUCGACUGUGAAGAUAUCUUCACUUAGCGAGACGAUGAGGACGUUGCCUCCUUUGGGAGAGGCAGAUGUGUCGUUGUGGAUGAAAUACUGGAAGAAUUCAAAACUGUUCUGA